AGGUUUACUAAACGACGCGUUUCAUCUUUCAUCAACCACUACAAAAGGAAAGAAACGACUGAAAGACAAAUACAGGAUACAGAAAACUCCACGCAUCUCUCUUCUCUCUUCUCUCUCUCUUCUCUCUUCAAAGCUUCCAGAAAUGGAGAAACCCAAAGAACAGAAGAGAGACAAAUCCGAAGAAGAAGCCAAGUCCCGUAUAUGGGACUGCGACAGUUCGCUCUACGACUCCUUCGAGCUUAAAUCCUUCAAACGCCAACUCGACUCCGCCAUAGUCUCAUCAUCAAGAACCCUCUCCAUGCCCCAUUUAUCCGAUCGCCGCCCGCCUCCGCCGCCGCAGGUGGCCCCCUCCAAGAAGCCCUCCAAGUUCUCUCGAUCGUUUAACAAGCUCCUCCGAUCUGUUUUCCGGUCAAAACCGCAUCCUACUUCCUUAUUCCGGGUGCAGGAGCCCUUCUUCUUCUACGACAAAUCCGACGCACUUUCGACUAUUCCUGAGGCGUCGGAGAUUGACUAUGCGGGAGUUUCGCCGGACGUUAACUCGCUGGUAAAGAGAUCAACCUCCGAUCGCUUCUCGGCCAGUUCUCUCGGUAUUUCAUGUGCAUAGUUAAAAACAAUAGGCUUAAAGAAUAUGUAAAAAUUGAUAUUAAUUUUUGUUUAUAGUAUGGGAUGACAGCUACUUUUUUUCUCUGUGUUAGAUCAUAUAUUUGUAUUUUAGUAUGUUGCUUAGAGUUUUCAACUUUGACUUCUUAAUGGAGAUUUGGACUUGAUGCACAGUCAAA